UCUGCAAGUUUGAUUUGAUUUCUCACAAUUUCGAGACGUUUCAUGCGUAUACAACACAUUUCACGCUAGAUAAGAGUGUCAUACAAUAUGGCUACUCACUCUGAAGGUUCCCGGAGGUCGAAAUCUGCGUCUCUCAGUGAUUUGUACAAUUUCGAAGAGGCUCGCUUUGAAGGCAGUCAGUAUAUACUCACUAGUCCGAGAUCUUUGGAGGCUUGUUCUCGGAUGAAGAUAAAGCCUGUUGAGUUACUUCACAAACCACUUUCAGAGUUUGAGACAGAGUUAAAGUCAUUAGGAUUGUCACACACUGCUAUGUUUGCUGCCUAUCAGAAGUAUGAGCGACAAAGACUUGAUAAGCUACAACGAGCUAGAGAUGAGAGACAGAAAGUAAUGCAGGAAAAAGAGAGGAAGCAAGCUGCAUUGGAUGUUCGUGGCACAUCUAGAAUGACGGUCACAACUGCGGAGAAGCCUGGUGUCAUUCCACAUGAAAACAAACAGACAACCCAACACAUCACACCCAAAUCUACAGUUUCAAAACCAAGUGUGACACCAAACACAUUUCCUGGUGUGUCAUCUAGACCAAGAGAUCUGGAGCUAGUUGGACAAAGCAUCCACAUACAUUCAGGACGAUCACAGAGCUCUCACUCUAAGUUAAACGAAAUGAAGCCUCACAACAUGCAGGGAUACACAACAGAGGACAAACAAGGUCCAUCGAAGUCUAAACCAUUCUCAGUUACUUCAAAGGCUCAAAGACUGAGACCAAAGUCUGAGAAGGGUAAAAGGGAGAGACCCAGGAUGGCGACUAACGGGAUGGCAUGGGGUGUUAGUAGUGUGGAUGCCGAUGUUGGUGUGUCCGUAAGAAAAUCGAAGUCCGAAGAGUGGCAAAAGGUAGCAGGAAAGUCAUUCAGCGACUUGACUUUGAAUGACCUGCCAGCAAAGGAUCGUCGUAUAUUAGAACUGAUGAUUGCUCGUCGAGAAGAGGAGCAGAUACUUGCUGAGAAGAAGAAUGCUUUUUCGCUCGAAUGUAGCAAAGAAAUGCUUCAUGCAAAACAAGAGCAGGAAAUUUCUGAUCGAAAAUACAGAGAAGAAUUAGAGAGACUCAAAAGACAAGCAAGAGAGAGACGGGAAAAAGAAAGACUAAGGAAAGAGGCUGAAGAGCGUGAUGAAGUUGAGAUGCGAACAGUGGGAAUUGAAAGAGAAAGUCAAGGCUGGCAAGAAAGGGCAGCUAGAAUAGAACAAGAGAGAUUGCAGAGGAUUGAAAUGAAGAAGCUGGAGGACAGUCAGAAGAAACGAAUUCAGGAAACUCGAUUGCAAGAGAAAGAGAAGGAAGACGAGAUACUUCGCUCGGCAACAGAACAGAGAUUAGAGGAAGACCUCAAACGAGCACAACAAGUGAGGCAAGAGAGAGAGGAUGAAAAGAAGUUGCAAGUACAAGUUAAGAAUAUGACGAAGAGGCACGAGUAUGAACAACGACGGGCUGCAGUUGAGCAACAGUGCAGUGAUGAAGUCGACUACAAGAAGUCUGUGCUGGAGGUGAAACACGCACGAGCUGCAGAUCAAGUGCAACAAAGUUUAGCUCAACGGGACGAGACGAUUAGAAUAAAUCGACUAAAGAGGAUGCAGAGAGAACAUGUGAGACAAGCUGCAGUUGGACAGAUGGAAGAAGAACUGGAUGUAUGGAGACAGGGAAUAAGCGCAUGCCAACAAGAGGCUCUGGAAAAGGCCAGAGUUAUCGCCACAGAGAAGGUCACAGAAAAGAGUAGAUCUGCACAAGCAAAACGACUUAUAAAGGACCACGAGCACAAACAGAACCUUCUGAAGGUGCGGGAGGAGGAAGAAGAGUGGAGAAAGCAGACUGAGUGUGAAGUUUGGACGAGAGAAUUAAGAACGGAGGCGAUACUUGCCGAAAAGGAUCUGCAGAUACAACAGUCUCGGCAAGUGGCGCGAGCGACUGAAUACAUGCGAAGUAAAGUCACUGGAGAAGGUAGACCAAUUGAAAAGAUGCCUUUCGAAUCAAGAAGACUUGGAACAACGCAGAGUAAACAUCACACUAGAGACUCAUCAAACCUUUUAUUGGGCUAGGUUGUUUGUGUUUGUUUGCAUGAACCAAGUAGCACAGUAACUUUAUUUUAGUAGAUGUCGUAAAUCAUGAAAUAGUUCAUUUUAAUUAUGUUGAA